AUGGCGCAGCUCGCCAUGAACAGCAGGCUAUUGCGCUGCCAGAAUGCAAGCACUCUCGGUCGAACCGUUGGAUCCUACACACAGAACCGCACAUAUCUCUCUUCUGCUAAAGUGCCCUCGUUCGACAACGCUCCCAAGAAGAUCAAAAGCGGCCUCAACAAAUUCCGCAAUGAGGUCUUCAUCCCUCUCAACCUAUCCGAACAGCAGAAGCUCCUGAUCUACCGGAAGAAGCACCAAGGCACCUUGGACGAGCACCCAGUAACAGUGGCCAUCAGCGAGGAGGAGGAAUAUCGCCUGCAGCCGAUGGAAUUCACGGCCCAACCGCGCAACUCGAAAGCCAACGAGCUGAUCCGCCGCAUGAAAACCGAGGACGAUUGGAAGCAGCUGCCCGCCUUCCUGACGGCCCUGCACAACGUGAACCGCAAGCUCAACCUGGAGAUGGUGGUGCGCCGCGCCGGCAUGAACGACGCCAUGAAGUUCAUCCUCGCGGCCGCUCAGGCCAAGGACACGGGGUUCUCGCUCCGCUCCCCCGGGCUGGUGCAGAAGAUCUUCUUCGAGCUGCACCUGCACGCCCAGAAGCAUGGCUUCAAGGGCCCCGAGGUCGACCGCAUGCUGCGCCUCGCCCAGUCGUUCGUCGACCUGAUGGGUCUGCCGCGCCACGUCAACAACAAUCCGGCCAAGGACCCCCGCCGCCGCCCCGCCGUCAUCGGCGUCUUGCUCGAGCUGAGCGCCGCGCGCGCCCUCGACAAGUUCGGCGGCAAGGACACGGACGGCCUGGUCCGCGCGUACAGUGAGCGUCUGCUGGCCAGUCUGAACAACAAGCACUUCCGCCUCGAGAUGAAGAAGCCCAACCUGUACCGGAACUGGACAAAGAUCGACGGCAAGCUGGAGCAAGUCGUGCCCAUCUACAAUGCCUUAGUCUUGACUCAGAAGACGGCCAUCGAUGCUACAAUCUCGAAGACGAUGAAAGACCGGGCUAAGACCAUGCGGGACUGGGUCCACCUCAUGAGAAAUGCCGCCCCAAACUCGGUCCGGAAGCAUCCCAUGCGGGGCUUGGGCAACAGCAGGGAGUUGUGUACAUGA